UUCAGUAUGCAACCACCUGUAACAUUAGCUAGUUGACUAAUACAAAAAAAAAUGGCGGAGAUUAUUUUCAGCUUCGUGGUGGAAAAAACUCUUGCAAGAAUCCCUUACCUUUAUCGCCGACGAGAUCAAACUUGCUGGGUAUCUCGGCGAUGAACUCGAUCGCUUCAGAAACUCACUCGACGAGGUUUGUGACAUGAUGUUGGUUGCCGAAGAGAAACAGAUGACCCUCAACCUCAAGAGUGUGAAUCGCUGGCUGAAUCAGCUCAAAGAAGCUGCUUAUGAUGCUGAAGAUGUUCUUGAGGAGGUAAUCUAUGAAGAUCUUCGUCGAACAUUAGAGAACCAAAACCAAGAAAAAAAGUUUUGUAUGUUUCAAACACCUGUGCUCGGCUUGCCUCUGAACAUGGAAGCAGUUGCUGAAGGUGAGAAGCUAUUGUCUUGUGCUCUAAAUACUCUAAAGACGGUUUGGCUCACCGAUAUAGUGGACCAUUCUUGGUUGGAGGAGAGCAACAAUCAAUAGCAGACCUCAGCCUGAUCUGUCAAAUCAUGCAAUUUGAGUUUGGAUGAGGACAUGCAACAAUCUCUUGAUCACUGAUUGCAGCUCGCAACGGAAGCAGAAGUUGGCUAGAUGAACAAAAGAGAAAUACUACAAUGCACAGGUUUCAUUGGGUAGUUUGAGGUUCACUCAAUGUACUGCUAUGAGGAUGGAACCAGUUGAACCAUUUUGGUGAAUACUGAGGUGCUAUGAAGAUAAGAGGAAGUUUUGAGUGCAGCUCAAUAGAUCUCUGUUUCUUGAGUAUUAAUGGAUAGGGGAUAUUUAUGGCCUUGGCCUUCUUUGGGAGUGCAAAAGCUAAACUUAACCAAAUUAAGUAAUUAAUUUUUUAAAAUAUUUAAUCGAAUUAAACCAAAAUA